UUUUUUAAUAUGUAUUUCCUUUUGCUGUGUCUCUGAGUAUUUGCUUCCGAAGUUUAAGAUCAGGGUUUUGUUUGUGUAGUCUUUGGUCAAGAAUUGAACUGUUGCUCUGUGGUUGAUAAUUGUGAUAUUAUUCGAUGAUUCGCAUUUGGUUUACUUUUUUGGAGGGUGUUGAGCUGGUGAAUAUUGCUUUGAAGCCUAGUUUGACCUGAUAUUCAGAUUAUGUAUGUCUGUGCAUCAAAAGCUCGUUUUUUUGUGUGGAAAUUUUGCUCAGUUGCAAUUCUAGCAAUUGAUAUGUUACUAUGCAAUUGAUAUUUUACUGAUAUCAAUUUCUAUCAAUUGAUAUUGCCAGUGAGCUCUAGCUCAAAUGACAUUGCCUUUUCCAAGAAAGGGGUGGGGUUGUGGGUUCAAAACUCAUUGGUUGCUUAUCAAGAAAAAGUGCUAUAUGACCAACAGUAUGACUGGACUUGAUCUAAAUCUUUAUGAGAAAUGCUAGAGGGUGCCGAAUAAAAUGGCAUUCAGGACUGAGAUUUAGGUUUGGUAUUACGAUUCAUUCGGAAAAAAAAAAGAAAAAAAAGAUGUCACGUGCUGGAUACACACACUGGUGCUACCAAUGCAGUCAGCAAUUCAGGCUUGCAGAGGGAGAAAGUUUUUGCCCUUACUGUGAUCAAGGCUUUAUUCAAGAACUUGGUGAGAUGCAGGACUUGGCACCAGAGGAUGUCUUUCGUAUUUCAGCAGAUCAUUCUCAUCAGAUACCUGAUAUAUUUGAACUUAUGUAUAGUUUGAUGAGACAGAGGGGUCCUAACGCAAGAUUUGAACUUGUGGAUGUUAUUGAUUCUUUUAUGAGGCAGAGAAUGGCUGGAAGAAACCCAAACUUUGAUGUUAGAGUGAGAUCUGGUUUGGUUCCUGAACAGAGUUUGAGUGUUUUCGGUCCUGAUCCUCAUUGGAUAUUCAAUCAUAUUCCUGGUUCAGCCUUCUCUAAUGGCAGUCGAAGUGGACGUAGGCAAGUUGAUAUCAGUGACUACUUUAUGGGCCAUGGAUUUGAGGAAUUGAUUGAACAGCUUUCUAUGAAUGAGCAACGGGGUCCAGCCCCAGCACCUCAUUCUUCAAUUGAUGCAAUGCCCACUAUUAAGAUCACACAAGCACAUAUCCACACUGAUGCACACUGUCCAGUCUGUAAGGAAAGAUUUGAGUUGGGCUCUGAAGCAAGGACGAUGCCAUGUAGCCAUAUUUAUCACUCCGAUUGUAUUGUUCCUUGGUUGGUUCAGCACAACUCAUGCCCUGUUUGCCGCCUUGAGCUGCCUCCUCAAGGGAUUGAUAGUUCUCGUGGUAGGCGAAGUAGGGGUGGUGGGAACAGUGGCAGCAGCAGCAGCAGUAGCAGUGACUAUGGUAACACCCCUGGUGGUUUAGAGAAUUUUCCGCACACUCAUGGAAGGAGGAAUCCGUGGUCGUAUUUGUGGCCUUUCCGCUCUUCAAAUUCAAACGCUCGCCAUCAUGCUGAAAAUAGAGGAAGCCAUUCCUCAACCCAUCAUGAACAGAAUAAUGAGAUGAGUUACCCUGGACGGUCUUUUGAUUAUUAAGGCUUCAUUUGCUAUCCUUGUCAUGUUUAAUUGACAUGCCAAUUAAAGCUGGUAAAUGAAGUUGCUGUUGUAGAACUGGUUUUCGAGUUUGGUUUAUAUCAAACUUUAAGAUAUAAAUGGAAGGUAAUUGUACUCAAUAGGAGUUUUAUUAUGUUGGCUCUUUUGUAAAGUAAAACAUGCUCGGUGGAGUAGAGAUGGUUUUAAUAAUUCGAUCUUAUUUGUGCAAAGUGAAAGGUGGUGCUUCUUGGGGACUCUUUAAUAAAAAGAUGGCGUGUUUAUAAUUUCA